GCGGAAGUAGUUGGCGACAAACCGGAAAACCGAUGUCAUUGCGCGAUGAACCGGCCCUUGCAACUUUCUGACGAGACAUCGCUCCAAGCUUCGAGCUUUCUCCUUGUAGAGCUUCGCCGGAUUCAGCAAGAAGCCGAACUUGUAUUCAAGCCAAAGAUAGCGGCGAAACUGCAAAAGGUCUAUACGAUUCCAUGCGUUUCUGACUUUCUCAAGAAGUUCUUCAGGGCCAGCAUUGACCCAGUCUUCCAAGUGCUUGCGCACGCAGAAUCUUGUUUGCUAGAGGCACUGGACAAAGCUCAUGAGUCGCUAGAGGAUGUGCAGAAAGCAGAGCAUGUGGCCAAAUGUUUAUCUAUCAGUGAAUCCUCCUUGGCUCCAGGUCUUGCGUGGCUUCAUGGCCGGGUCUCGACAUUAAGUAGACAGUUGCGAUCGAAGAAGGAACAACCGAUGCAAACGAAUCAUGUAGUGAACCUGAGCACAACCCAGCGGCAGGUCAUCGAGUUCCCCCAUAGUGUAUUUUUGCAAGGCCGCUCUGGGACCGGAAAGACUGUGUGCAUCAUCCAGCGCAUCCUACAUCGAAGCCGUCUUUUUCCUGAUGCUCGACGCCUCUUCAUCACAAGAUCUUCACUGCUUUGUGAAAAUGUUGCAGAUGAGUUGGGACGGUCCUUGCCUUUGAGCAGACACUUCACACGAGGAUCAAAACUUCUGUGUCUGACUUGGGAUCAGCUGGUGCAGGGUUUGCUUCCGAACUGCCCCGGAGCAAUUCAAUACUCAACUUUUCUUGCAAGCUUUUGGCCAGCUUUGAAACCACCUGCCGGUUUGGAUCCGCUCCUAGUUUGGGCAGAAUUCCACAACAAGCUUCGAUCAUUUGAUGCAAAGCCACCCGUCGAACUGCACGGCAGAGUUACACUUGAUCAAUUUCGGACAAAGCAGGCCCUUUCAAGAGCAGGCAACUGCCUAACGCUUGAGCAGUACACUGAGCAGACAACCGCCUGUAUUGGUGUUCCUUUGCGCAAGGAUCAGCUACAAGACAUCUACAGCAUGUUUGUGGCGUACUUGCAGCGGAAGAUGACAGGUGGAAACCAACUGGACAGCACUGAUGUAGCAGCACUGAUCAGAUCGUCACAGCAAGUUGCCUUGUUUGAAGAGCUCUAUGUGGAUGAAGCGCAAGACUUUUCCCCAGCUGAACUCACUGCUCUUUUGUGCCUUUGUGGCCGUGGGGAUGGGGUGAUGAUAGCUGGAGACACAUGCCAGACUAUCAACCCUGGCAGUGCUUUCUCUUUCAAGGACAUCAUUUUAGCGUUCCAGAACAUCAACCCGAAACCACUCCAAGAACCUUCAGAUCCCUGUGAAGAACGGUUUCGAGAAGAAGCACUUCUAUGCGCCCAGAUGUCGUUAGGUUUCAAUCAUCGUUCAUCGCCACAAAUCGUACAACUCGCAAACACAGUGUCAGAACUCCUCAUCAAGCUCUUCCCAGCAUCUGUAGAUUCAGUUGAGGAGAAGGCUUGUGGAAGCGGAGGCAGAGCUCCUGUCUUUGUUUGCUCGUCAGACCCGGCUGGGGUAGUUAUGGGAACAGGAGCGCUGGCCUUGCGUAUUCUGGAUUCAACCCGCUGUGCGGUGUUGGUACGCACAAAUGCCUGCCGCAACAGAUUACGUUGUCUUGGCGCGCGUGGAACCAUUCUCACUAUUGCAGAAGCGAAAGGUCUUGAAUUCGAUUUUGUCGUUUUGUAUGAUUAUUUCAGCGCAUGCCCUUUGCGUGACCCGGAAAGAGUGUGGCAAACUGUCAGUUUGGUGGAGGAGAUUUGGCAGGGUAGGAUUGGCUCAACCAAACGAUUCUCUCACCCAGCAUCCACAGCAGCCAUUGCAGCAGCUUUGAUUCCAGAGCUGAAACAUUUGUACGUCGGCAUUACCCGGGCUCGGUUUGGCUGUGCAUUUGUGGAAAGCGCGCACCAAGUACAGCAGAAGCUUGUUGAGCAUUGGCGUGAUUCUGGGCUAGUUGUGUUUGUCACUGAUGACAACUAUUGCGAGAUGGCUAAGGCAUCCCGUGAAGGACGUGACUUUACAGAGAACAGGGCUGACUUUACAGAGAAGAAGGCUGACAAGAUUAAGAAAGCUGCAGUUGCAGAGAGAUUUUCUUCUCUUGACGAUGAACUUGCCUGGAUUUUGUCGGAGUUGAAGCAACGUAUUGGUUCUGAGCACAAAUUAGCAAGAAAAAUGCUUGGUCAAGAACGAAUGCGCUUGCAAUCAGGAAAAUGCUUCGAUCCGUUUUUUGCUUUCAAGGUGCAAGCAGCGCAUGGCCCUAUUUUAUCGCAGAAAGCUGAGGUUGCUGCAAAAAGUCGGCAAGAACAUCAAGAACAUCGACCAGAUUUCCCAUCAAUCGUUGAGGUUCUGAGAUUGCGAUCUAACUACCACACAGGAUCUUCAAGCCUUUCGUCUGCUAUACAGCAUCUGAAGGAAAGAGGCCGUCGACUGCUGAGGCAUGCGUUAGACGAUCAGGAGCAACGAUGGCCUGUGUUCGAGGAGGCCCGGGCAAUAUUUGAAGAGGCUCUGCGCUGCUCCUCCAAACUUCUCGAUGAGCAGCUGCGCAACAAGGGUCGAUUCGCCCUAGAGGAUUUAGAUGACUUGUACACCAUUGCAUCCAAUACUCAAUCUCACAACGCUAAGAGGCACCAACAACCCGAUGGUGCAAAGAUUGUACAACUCGUCAUGGCCUUCAGAUCACGCAAGUUGCGUCUCAAGGAUGACAUGUUUCAUGACAUGAUCCAAGCUGAGGACGCUUCUGGCGAAGAGGUGAUUCUUGUCAACGCCACGCUGUUGUCGGGUCGAGAGUUGCCUGAGUUUGCCAUUUCAGUUUCAGCGACGGUCGACGACUUGCAUGCACAGCUAGAGCGUACACUUGGAGGUCCUUGCAGGUUGAUCUUGAAAGGCGAUGGCUUCCUGAAUGUAUCCGCCCUUGAAGGCUCUUUGUCAUUGAGUGCAGCUUUGGCCAAGACAAUCGCCAGCUGGGAAACAGAAAUCGAGUGGCACCGGUCCAUUUGUGUGAUUCUGGAGCUGCAACGCUGCAGGUCACCUCUUUCACGAUUGAAAAUCCCAAACUUUUGGGAAAGGGUUUUUACCAUGACCUCUACGAAAGAAGUAUCAGAAGCACAAGCUGGUUUUCGAUUGACGGUUGAGCGUUUUCUGGAGUACGAACAGACACAAACAGAUUUACAAGAGCAAAUGCAGAUUGCACAGGCAUGGUUUCUGCGCACGCAAAGCCAGUUUUCCACAUUUAUGUUGGAUAAAGAGAGGGAAGCAGCAACUAGCUUCUCUAAGCUUCUGGACACACAGAAGGCUACCGCUUCGAAGAUCCUUGGUGAAAGGCCGAUUGUCACUACAAAGCAAGCCGUACGAUCACUCCUGGCCUCAGCACAGAUGCUACAAGCCGCCCAAGAUACCUUUGUCCACGAUUUCAUCCCGGCUUCCAUGCAGAGAAUGCAAGAUUUUCGUCGAGCCGCAGAAAUCUUUCAUCGCUUGGGAGACAUCCAAAAUGCGGCCUUGGACUAUGAGCGUGCGGCCUCAGCUGGCUUCCAGUUUCUUAAUCGGUGGCGUUCCUCCACGCUUUACUUGGGCAGAAAAGUAAGAUCAGUAUUCCGAAACAUUUCGCAAGACGCGCGUGAAAGUUCUUCACUUGCAGCGUUUGGUUUCAUGUGUCUUGACCGAACAUCACUGGAAAAGGCGGGGAAGAGUUUUCUCAAAGCAGGCCGCCUUCGUGAAGCUGAUGCGCUUGCUGUUUGGAUCUCACCUGCAAAAUGUCUUUUGAGUCCCUCGAGCCGUAGAGGCGUGUUGCUUUACAGUGCUUUAGUUGCCCACGACUUGAGCAGCGAAGAACAUCAGAGCCUCAGCGCAAAAUGGUUUCACAUCACGACCAGGUCGAGGCGAUUUGUUGAAGUGGAUGAUGUAAUGUAAUUAUAUAUAUAUGCGAUCUAGAUGUGAGUCCCCUUUUGCGUUCCUGUUGCCUUCUACUCUAAAACCACUACUCAACAUGCAGGUUCUCACAUGACUUUGGAGUUAGAUGCCUUUGAUAUUUUUUGACUGUCUCUUUUGCAUGCACGGCAUGUUUCUGAAGCUCUCGGCUUUAAGACCUUGCGGUCCAAUCAUGGGGCAAGGGUAAGAUCUGUAAAAUGCGUUUUGCUGCGUGUAGUUGUAAGGGUGUGUCCCAUAAGUCCAGAUUCAGCUUCAUUUUGUUUCGCCUGUAGAUGGGGUAAAGUAGGGCGUUUUGUUUGCCCUGUGUAGUUUGGCCAUGUUCGCUGCUGUUCAGCAGCACAUGCUAUUGAAGGUUCCUCUUGCUGCUGACGAAGGCAUUGCCAUUUGCAGGCCAUGUUUUGCCUGGAAACCGUCCAUGCUUUCUUCGUCUUCCCAAGCAUCAUUUGCCGAACGCGCUAAGUCUCAGUUGGGGAAGCAGCCGCCCAAGCUUUCGCCACAUCGCCUUGACAUCGACCAGAUGCGGCGACCUCGAGAUUGUACCAACCCUUUCGGUUCGAGUCCGGUUGCUGAAGUUUCUGGGCAUUCCCACCAUUGACAAUGGCAUGGCUGUGGAAA